CCCCCAAAAAGCAAAAAGACUGUCCAGAAACCCCAAAUUGCAAUGAAAACUGACUCAUAUGGCAAGACAUUAUAUCCUCCAUAGACCCAACUCGCAAAAACUUUAUUCCAUUUGCUAUACAAUUUGUUAUUCAUUUUUUACUCUUCUUUAUAUAUUUCCAUUUUUCCAUAUAGUGUACUUUUUUUAUUUUGAUGUCACACUUUCCUUCGACUCUGCGUGCCAUCAGUGUGGAUUGAUUUGAAUCUAACAACGAUUACAAGCCAACAAAAUAACAAUGUUAAUAUUAAUAUUUCAUAUAGCCAUUAGACAGGAUGCACUUGUACAAUCUUCUAAUAUAAUAUAUUAUUCAGCACUUCUGAAAACUGUGAUUUUUACCCACUGCAUGUUUUUACAGCCGCCCCUCACUUUUGGAUUAACACCAUAUGUUUAUAGGUUUGCAGUGGCAUGCAUGGGUUGCUUUGAUCCGAGCUGAUAUUAGCAUGAGUGUUCUCACCGAGUAAUUAUCAUGUGAUUCACAGGUUAUUUUUAGGCAUGGUGUUAUUGUGUUAGAAGUUUAAGCAGGGGUGCUUUUUUUGAUUUUCGUAGGAGUUUAUGUUCUUAUUUUGUAAUAUUGUUGGUGCAACAUGCCAACGACUGGCGGUUAUUGCAGUUUUAGGGUUAAGGUCUUAAGAAUCUCAAUCUCAAAAUUUCAUUACAUUUGUUUCUCUGCCAUUUGAUUUCACACUGUCUGAUGUGUUGCUCAUUACCUGAUACAACACAGAAAGCACAUGCGAAACACAAAGAACUCAAACAUGAUGAGACAAAAUGACACAAACGGACAUUUAUCUGCAUCUUAUUACUCCUCCAAAGCCUUCGCCACUGCACCAGAGCUCUAACUUCACCCCUCCAUUAUUUCCCCUCAAUCCUUACCCCUCUAGGCUUCAAACUGCUGAUGAAUCACAGGGCCUGUCCUCCUAUGUCCCCCUGUCUUCCCCCCAGCCACCUCUCACCACGCACAAAAACAGCAUCAGCACACAAAAACAAGACUCGGGCAAAGUCAAACCUUCAGAUCCUCAAACUUCUAAUACGGGCCAGUCAUCUGGCACCAACAGUGCAGUUAUGACGCCCAAACUGGCUCGUGCAGGACCCAAGAUCUUUGACAAGGUCCUUGCCUUUGAGGAGCGAAGGGCGAGUGUGGAUCUGCCACGAGGGGCAGCUUCCUUUGACUCAGAUGAGAGUGGAAAGAAGACAGGAGGCCCGAGCAAAGAGGAGAGUCGAAUACUGCAGGGCGCAGCCCAGAAGAGAGCGGUAUUCAAGCAGAGGGCCUCUUCAUUAGAGGAGAAGACAAACUACUCCCAGAGGAUCCAGAAUUACCAGAGCAAGUUCACAGAAGAGCUCCAGCGGAUCAAGAAGCUUGUGGGGAAACCAAGCUUGAAGAAGGCAUAUUCCACUGAGCAGCUGUCACAGAAAGACAGGCUGCACACAGGGAAACUAGAACCCAUUCCUGCCCAAGUGGUUAAAAAGUUAGAGGCGAGGGAGCGAGCCCUGGAGGAAGGAAAAGUUGGGGAGAGGGAGGGGGGCAGCAUAUGGAAGAAUUCUCCGCAGGCCCAAGGCAAAGACCCGGGGAAUCAGAGCAGCAGCCCCGAAAAGGAAAAGAUGACACAGUCAGAUUUGCAUGGGAAACCAGUAGAAGGAAGGAAAAUCUCUGUUACCACGGCAACGCCACCAGUUCACCAGUUACCAGGACAACCAUUGCCAAUAGCUACAAAGACGAGCCUAAUCAGAGUUGAUUCAAAGAGAGACACCAACAUGGACAACAAGGCGGACCACCGAUCACCAGGCCCAACAGGGAAGAGAGCAUCCCCAGUAACUGUAAGGGAACCAGGACCCCAGUACCCACCUAAGCCUCCUCGGCUCACCCCAUCACCCACUCCUUCCAUCAGCCCGCUCCUAAAACGAAGGAAGGCGGAGGUGGGGCGGACAUCUCCGGCCAUGAAAGUGAACAUCCCCACCAUCCUGGUGGAGGAUGAACCCAUGGAGACAGAAAGUGUUCCACACAGGAGCAACGAGGGGAGCAAGAGGGAGGGCAGAGUACACAAGAGCAAAAAAGGCCGUUCUGCUCAACGGAAGUCUGCAGACGAAGGCGGUUCUUCCGAUGACUCUUACCUGUCUGCCGAUGAUGAGCCAGCUGAGGCCCCGAGGUUUGAGAAGCCUCUUGAGGACACCACCGCACCCAGCGCCUCUGAGGUCACACUGCAAUGCAUCAUCACUGGCAGCCCAACCCCUACUGUGACAUGGAGGAAGAAUAAUGUGGAGAUCCGGUGUGACGCGUUCCAUGUGGUUAAAGCUGAGGGCGAGAAGCACAGUCUGGUGAUAAAGGAGAUGAGGCUGAGCAAUGCGGGGUCAUAUUGCGUCACGGCUGUCAACGCGGCGGGCAGAGCGUCAUGCAGCGCGACGCUCUACAUCCAGUCAGAGCCAACCCACACGCAAUGUGGGAAAUCUGCUGUAUCUCUGGAAAUCAGCAGUCCAAUCCAGUCAGAUGAGGAGUACCUGAGUCCUCAGGAGGAGGUGAUGGAGGUCGGAGGCUCACUUCCUCACCAUUUAAAAGAGCCUCCCUCAUUUCAGGUGGCACCAUGUGACCAGGCGGUAACCGAGGGUCAAGAUGUUGUCAUGUCAGUGAAAGCCAGAGGCCAGCCCAAACCCAUGGUUUACUGGCUGAAGGACAGAGUCUCGGUGAAGACAGCGGGGCGCUUCACUGUGCGAGAGAUGGAAGAUGGCACCAGUGAAAUGAGGAUCGGCUCGGCUCAGAGGUCAGAUGCAGGGCUGUAUGCUUGCAGGAUCAUCAACGAGUAUGGAAGCAAACAGGCAGAGUGCAGACUGGAGGUCAGAGCACAAACAGCGUUGACGAUCACCAGGGAGGUAAAAGACGCAGCAGUGAGGGCUGGAGAAUCAGCCGUGUUUGAGUGUCACAUCACGGGACCUCCAGACGUGGAUGUGGACUGGCUGUCCAGGGGGAAGCUGAUCCAGCCUGCACUGCUCAACUGUAAGAUGCACUUUGACGGAAAGAGGUGCCGUCUCAUGCUAAAUUCAGUACAUGAAGACGACAGUGAGAUAUAUACUUGCAAGCUGAGCACUGCCAAAGAGGAGCUGACCUCGAGUGCGAAACUGAUCGUCACGCCGUCCAAGGAGCCUCUGUUCACACGAAAGUUGGACAUCCUGGAGGUCAUCGAAGGACGUACGGCACGGUUUGACUGUAAGGUGAGCGGAUCGCCUGCUCCAAGAGUCACAUGGAUGCAUUUUGAGUCACGAGUUGAGGAGAGUGAUAACAUUCGCAUCCUUCAAGAGGGGGGUCGUCACUCGCUUGUCAUCACCCACGUUGGCAGUGACACAGAAGGAUUUUACACAGCAGUUGCUCAAAACAUUCACGGAAAGUCUGAAUGCACUGCUGAGCUGUACGUGCAAGAACCCCGAGCUGCCAUCUCCUCUCACAUGUCCAAGUUGGAGAAGAUGCCGUCCAUCCCAGAGGAACCUGAAGUGUUCGACAACGAGGUGGAGAAGAGGACCAUGCCGGACUUUGUCCAGCCUCUGGCUGAUGUGGAAGUGAUUGAAGGGAAGGAGGCGGUGCUGAAAUGCAAGGUGGCGGGCCUGCCAUACCCAACUAUUGCCUGGUAUCACAACAGCAGGCGCAUUGAGAACAGCGAGGAGCGCAAAAUGACUCAGUACAGGGAUGUCCACAGUCUGAUCAUUCGGAGCGCUUGUCAUGCUCACGGAGGUGUUUACAAGGCUGUCAUCUCCAACAAAGUGGGCAAAGCAGCCUGCUAUGCUCAUCUGUAUGUUACAGAUAUUGUUCCUGAUCCUCCUGAUGGGCCGCCGGUGAUUGAGGCCAUUACAGGAAAAACUAUAACCCUCAGCUGGAAGACACCAAAGAGACUCGACCCUUCACUUGAUGCCAGCUCCUUGGUGUAUGUGGUCCAGCAGCAGCCUCUGGGCUCCAUCCAGUGGUCUGUUGUGGCGUCAAACCUGAGGGAGACAAACUACACCGUCACCUCGCUGUCAAAGGGAGUCCGCUAUGCUUUCAGAGUCCUAGCAUCCACUGGGAAGACACUUAGCAAGCCAUCGCCUGCCACUGAUCUAGUCCAGCUGCUGGACAGAGGACCGUACUUGAGGAAAGCACCGGUAAUUUUGGACAAACCAGAAGUUGUGUACGUGGUUGAGAACCAGCCUGCCAACAUCACCAUCACGCUGAACCAUGUGCAUGUAGCUGUCACCUGGAAAAAGAGGGGCGUGGCGCUGGUCAGCAAGCCGGGGAUGUGCGAGAUGAGCAUGCCGGACGAUGAUCAACACACCCUGAAGCUGCAGAGGGUCAGGAGCGCAGAUAUCGGUCAGCUGGUGGUCACGGCCAGCAACCAGUUUGGCAGCGACCUGUGCACACUUCAGCUGGCCAUGGCAGUGCCUCCCAAAUUUGAGACCAUAAUGGAGGACGUAGAUGUGCAUGUCGGGGAAACAUGUCAUCUGGCUGUUGUGGUCGAAGGAAAGCCAGAUCCGGAUAUCCUGUGGUUUAAGGAUGAUGCGCUCCUCUCGGAGAGCAGCCACUUCACAUUUGUUUAUGACGACCCAGAGUAUUCCCUUGUCAUCCUCAACGCUCAGCCCGAUCACUCCGGCGUGUACACCUGCACUGCCAAGAACCUGGCCGGGUCCAACUCCUGCAAGGCCGAGCUCACAGUUCAUACAGAGCGAAAAGAAGCAGAAGAGCCAAUGGAGGAUGAGGGAACCAUUCUGAGGAAGAUGAGGCGUUUGACAGAUUACUAUGACAUCCACAAAGAGAUAGGGAGGGGGGCCUACUCCUAUGUGAAGAGAGUAACUCGCAAGAACGGAAAGACCGAGUCUGCUGCCAAAUUCAUUUCUGCUCGCGGAAAGAGGAAAGCCUUGGCUCUCAGAGAGAUGGAGCUUCUGUCUGAGCUGGAUAACGAGAGGAUUCUCUACUUCCAUGACGCCUUUGAGAAGAAGAACGUGGUGGUGCUUAUCACAGAUUUAUGUCACGAGGAGUUGCUGGAAAGAAUGGCCAAGAAAACAACAGUCAUGGAACUGCAGAUCCGCAGCAGUGUUCAGCAGGUUUUGGAGGGUCUUCGCUAUCUCAACCAAAAAAAUAUAGCUCACCUCGACAUAAAGCCAGAAAAUAUUUUGAUGGCAAGUCCAGGGAGUGAUCAGAUCCGCAUUUGCGACUUCGGGAAUGCCAUUAAAUUGGAGACUUCAGAGGAGCACUACUGCAAAUACGGCACGCCAGAAUAUGUCGCUCCAGAGAUUGUUAACCAAACUCCAGUUUCCACAGCAACAGACAUAUGGCCUGUUGGUGUCAUCACUUACCUCUGCCUGACUGGCGUGUCACCUUUUGCGGGCGAGAACGACAAAGCCACUGCUUUAAACAUCAGGAACUACAAUGUGGCGUUUGAGGAGAGCAUGUUUUCUGACCUCUGCAAAGAAGCAAAAGGAUUUGUCAUCAAGCUUUUGGUGGUGGACAGACUGAGGCCAAAUGCCAUCGAGUGCCUUCGUCAUCCUUGGUUCAAGUCACCAACAAACAAAAGCAUCAGCACAGCUAUGCUAAAACAAGUUUUGGCUCGAAGGCGAUGGCAGCGUUCCCUCAUCAGCUAUAAAUCCAAAAUGGUGAUGCGGUCCAUCCCUGAGCUCCUAGAUGACUCAAGCAGCCAUGUCUCCAUUGCUGUGGCCCGACAUUUAAAAGAAGGCUCCCCGCCACCCUCCUCUUCGUCUGAUUCAGAUGCAGAUGUGGAUGAGCUUCCCUUUAUUCCUAUGCCACUGUCCAUGGUUUUCUCAGGUUCCAGGGUCUCCCUCAAUGAGAUCCCGGGGGAUGAAGAUGUCACGGGACGGCAUGGUUUCGUUGCAGAUGGGACAAGGAAAAAGGAAAGCAUAGGUGCAAAUAAUAGAGGAGGGGCUACUAAAUGCAUAAAAGAUGAAGACAUAACCCCAAAUGAGGAGCAAACAGAAAAUAUAAAACGAGCUCCCUUGAAAAAAGGAUCAAGUGUGGAGUCAGACGAAUCCCAGACAAAAGCCAGGCGGUCUACAAUGAGGAGGGGGAGUUCUGCCGAUUCAGCGCUGCUUCUCCACAUUGACCCAGAAGAAGAAAGUGCAGAAAAGGAAUCAGAAGAAAGAAACAAGAGUUUGAAAAAGGCUGUUUCCAUGGAACUACCCAAUCGCAGUCCAAGCCCUGGGGCUACAAAGUUAAGCCAGGAAGAUUACGCCCUAAAACUAGAACUGAUGAGACAACGGCUGCUCAGGGGAGGAAAUGUGGACAAAAAUAUGAGUGGCCUUCGAGGACCCCUUUUUGAAACACUCGGCAUCGAAGAUGAGAGGCAAACAGGAUCCCUUGAUCGGAAUUUGAGGAGAUCACGAACUGGGCCGUCAACACUCGUCAGAGCAGCUUCCUCUGAGAGUCCAGGAGAAGACACGCCAAAGACCAAAGUUUUUCGCAAAAGUACCUCUUUCACUCAGGGGGAUUCUGAGCCCAUGCCCCUGCACCGAAGGUUUGGAGCCCCCUUAGAGAUACCAUCUGUGGGUAGUUCUAGCAUAGUAGGGAAGAAGCUCCAGGAGGCAACCUCGAUGUCUGCACUAACAGAAGAUACAAAAGCGGAGUCUGCCUCAACCACAGCACAGGGAAGACCAGACCAACAGGAAAAACAUAUGAGCGGACUUGGUGAGGAAGAAGGGAUGAAAGCAAAAAGGACCAAGUCCCAAAUAGAAGGGGCAGACAAAGCAGAAUGUGAUUAUGCAUCUCCUUCUGUUAUUACUCCUAUAAUAAUAAUAGAGGAGGAGGAUGAUGAAGAGGAGAGGAAAGAAAACCAGGCAUUACAUAUUAGCAAGCAGAAAGUGAAAGACAAGGAAAUGUCACAGAGUAGUGAAGAAGCAUCAUCUGCAGGGCAGUCUCAAACAUCUGACAAACCCCAAUCCAAGGAUCCUUCUACUAUAGCCAAAACAAAGUCUGCAGAUGCAUCUUCAUCACCGGAACAUCCAGCAGUAUUUGCCAAAGUAGCAACACCUGAGCGAUCUCCAGGUUCUGACUCUUCUUCAUCAAACCCAGACCUUCCUUCCAUCCCUCGCCAGCUUAUUCUCAGAACAGACAUCAAAGACAUUGACUCAGAGGAGCUCUUUGAAGCGAGGUUUAAAAAGCGAGAAUCGUCUUUGACCCGCGGCCUCAAAAAACUCACCAGAAACAAAUCGGAGGAGAAAUCGCCUGUAUUAAGUAGAAAAGCAAAUGAGGGGGCUGAAGAGAUUUAUAGGCCUGCACCAAGAGGGGCGCCUCUAGAAAUGGUAUCGUCAGGACUAAAGGAGAAAUCGAAAUCUGUUCAAGAUUUAAGAAGAGAUGACCAAGAAACAGGCCUUGGUUUAAUUGGAAGGUUUUCCUUGCGGGCCAAGAGGUCACCAUCCACUGAGAAGAAGGUUCAGAAAUCACAAGAAGAUAAGCAAUCCAAUGUGCAGGAAACGGCUAAAAACAAGAGAGUGUCUUGGGCUGUUGGUCGCAGUAAGUCUUUGGAUACAAAGGAACUGAAUGGUGGAGGGACACAGAAGAAUGUGGAUGACAGGGAGCGAGGAAAAGCUGAGGAGUCGUCUGUAUCUGCCAUGAGGCGUAAGUUUGAGUCCAAAGUGGCAGGAAUCUCUGCCAAACUAAGGACUCAGUCAGAGGAAAGGAACAAUAAAGACACAGAGAAGGAGCUGGCUCAAAGGGAUUUAAACAAGGUCACAGACUCUCCUGUCCUGGCAAUGAAACAGAGGUUUGAGAACAAAGUGGCAGGAAUAUCCGCAAAAAUACGCAGUCAGUCUGAAGAGAGAAAAGGAGAUUCAGAGGGAAAGCGCACACCCCUGUUUACCCGCCACCGUCACUCUCAGUCUGAGGGCCGCGGACUCAAAGGAAUGGGCAUCCCUGAGAAUCAGCUAGCAAAACAAACUGGCACCUCAGGGUCUAAGGAAUCAGUUGAAUCCACUUCUAGCAUCCAUUCUGAGAGCGAGAGAAGGUCACGGUGGGACAGGUGGGGUUUGACAAGGGGCAAGAAAGACAAAACGCCUUCCCAAUCUGAUUUGCCCUCAAGCAUCCCCAAAGAAGAGGCAAAAAGCCAACAGUUUGUUCGCUCUGCUUCAGAUUUUGCUCCAGUGUUUCACAUCAAAUUGAAAGACCACGUCCUGCUGGAGGGGGAACCUGUCACUCUUAGCUGCCUUCCAGCUGGUAGCCCACAACCACAAAUUACAUGGAUGAAAGAUCGGAAACCACUGGAGGUGGAUGACAGAGUCAACCUAAUCUCCCACCCAGAUGGAAGACAGCUUCUAAUGAUCAGAAAGUCCACCUAUAAGGACGCCGGGGUUUACGAAUGUGUAGCUUCCAACCCCAUAGCCACUAUUACUACCUCCUGUACUCUUUCCAUAGCUUGUGUCCCCAAACGACCAGGGACCCCUGAAGUUCCUCAGACUUAUAACAACACAGCCCUGGUGCUUUGGAAGCCAUCUGAGACAAAAUCUCCAUGCAGCUACAUUCUGGAAAGAAAAACAGAGGGUGAUUCGAACUGGUUAACUGUAGCCACUGGAAUUGCCGACUGCUACUACAAUGUCACAGACCUGCCACCAGGUGGCACCUUCAAGUUCCGCGUGGCCUGUGUGAACAAGGCCGGACAGGGGCCGUAUAGCAACUGUUCUAGCCCAGUUAGCUUGGCGCCCACAGUUGGAGGAGCUUCACCUACCGUUGCUGUUGUAAAGACAGCCCCAACCCCACCUACGCCUGUGAUUACCUCCUCGGUGACAUUCCCUUCGCACAAACCAGUCCAAAAUAGCGUUCCCCGAUCAACGGUCUCCACCUCCACUUCCUCUACUCCAAAACAUGAAGCCCUCACUGAUGCAUCCUCUCUUGAACCUGCUUCUCCAUCAUCUAAAAUUGUGGUGACGCCUACCCCUCUAACCUCCUUGCCUUCCGGCCCUUCAACAAACCUUUCGUUGCCAUCUGCAGGUGCAACAGUGGAUGACACACAAAAAAUAAGCCCCACUCUCCCUUCAUCAACCACCUCCAAAGCAACCUCUCCCUUUGUCCUCCCCAAACCUCAGAGUCCAGUAAAUGUGGUGACUCCUAUGACACAGACUGCAGCUGUAUUACCCCCACCUUCUCUCGUAACCCCGCCUUCAACCCCCACAAAACCAGCCGUGGCCUCAGUACCCACAUAUGUCCCCACAAUCACUGCUUCAGCUCGUGUGGCCCCGACUCCGGUGUCCUUUACCCCACAAGUACUACAGACCUCCAGCUUGAGUCCCAUUGGUGAUGGAGCCAGUACCCCCGUCAGAGGCACCCCAUCGGGACGCGCUACACCCUCUACUGCUCUACGACAGGGAGUUCCACAGAAACCGUACACUUUCCUAGAUGAGAAAGCGAGGGGUCGGUUUGGAGUCGUCCGAGAGUGCAGAGAGAAUGCGACGGGUAAAAUCUACAUGGCAAAGAUCAUUCCCUACAUUCAAGAGAACAAGCAGGAGAUCCUGAAGGAGUACGAAAUCCUGAAAUCUCUUCACAAUGAAAAAGUCAUGGGUCUCCACGAAGCCUACAUCACACCACGCUACCUGGUGCUGGUGGCAGAGUACUGCACUGGCAAAGAGCUGCUAUACAGCCUAAUAGACAGGUUUCGUUACUCUGAAGACGAUGUGGUGGGAUACCUGGUCCAGAUUCUCCAGGGGGUCGAGUACCUCCACAACCGUCGCAUCCUCCAUCUGGACCUCAAGCCUGACAACAUCAUGGUGACCAACCUCAACGCCAUCAAGAUUGUGGACUUUGGGAGCGCGCAGACCUUCAACCCCCUCAGCCUCAAGCAGCAGGAAUCAGGACCAGGAACGCUGGAGUACAUGGCUCCUGAGAUGGUGAAAGGCGAAGUGGUUGGUCCUCCUGCAGAUAUUUGGACUGUUGGCAUUGUCACCUACAUUAUGCUUAGUGGUCACCUCCCCUUUGAAGAUAAGGACCCUCAACAUGUUGAAUCCAAAAUCCUGAUGGCCAGGUUUGACCCAACGAAACUGUACCCAAAUGUGUCUCAAAGUGCCUCUGCAUUUCUCAAGAAGAUGUUGAGCAGUUACCCAUGGGCCCGCCCGACUACAAAAGAUUGCUUCACGCAUGCCUGGCUGCAGGACUCCUACCUGAUGAAGCUCAGGAGACAGACUCUCACCUUCGCCUCCAGCCGACUUAAAGAGUUCCUGGUGGAACAACAAAGCCGUCGCACAGAGGAAGCCACCAAGCACAAAGUGCUGUUGCGGACCUACCAGAGCUCCCCUCAGUCCCCGGCAUCUGGGACUUCUCUGCAUGUUCCCAGCCCAAAGUGAGGUGACAGUAAAGAAGCCACACUGAAAUAAAAAAUCGGAGCUUGUUGCAUCUUAAUACGUCCUCCGUGAACCACCGCUGUAACAGAGGCAGACAGCCUCGAUUCAACAACAGCGGGAUUCUUACGUCAAAGAAAAUCCCAGUGAAGGAGAAGCCGACCGCUGUGAUGUGAAUCCACGACGUGCAAACUGCUAAUUCACAGGAAGGACACGGGAUUUCUUUUCUUUGAUUGCACAGUUUCUCAGUCACAUUGUGGUUUCCGAAAUUGCACAUUAAUAUUCAGUUUAGCCUCGGUCUCCACUCUGCACGAUCAGCCUGGAACAUGUGUACCAUGAAUACUUUUACCUUGUUUAUGCCACUAAGUUUAGUAGUAGUAAACAACUCAUGUGAAUGUACCAUGAUUUAAGCUGCUAUCUUAUGUAUUUUUUGCAUUUAGCCACACAUUUUAAAACCCAACCAAAAAGAUGUUUUGGGUUUGGUUUUCUUUUUUUUCUUUUUUCUUUUUUUGUCAUUUGGAAAUUGUUUACUUUUUUCCAUGUUAAUUUAUUUGCAUGUGCGUAUGUGUGAGUGUUCGCGCGCCUGUGUGAGCGUGUGCAUGACCAUUUUUGACUCACUUUUUUUGAAACUAGCAUCAUGGCGACAAAAAAAAGGAAAAAAGAAAAACUAAAAAUAAGGGGUGUCUUUGUGGUUUGUGUCAUACAGUAAACAUGAAUUGAUUUAGGGUGAGUUAGGAAUAUCUAGUAAAAUUUCUUGUUCUGUGGUUAAAACUUAACUUUUAACUGUAAUACAGCGACGAAAAAAGGUCCUUAAUGUAGAUAACAUUUUAUUCUGAGAAGUCACACACUGGUAAAUUACUGUGGUUUCAGUAUUACCCAACGGCUGAUCAGGUUACCUCAUUCCUAAUCAGCCUGUCACCAGUGCCUAAAUCAGGUUGACAUCCAAAAUGUUUAACUUGUAUAUGUGUCUCCACUGGUUCUAAUCCACAUUUGAUCAAAGUAAUUAUUUGAUCACAAUAUCUGGACUUUAUAGCCAAAUGCACAUGCAUAGAGAUUCUUUCAUGCAGAGGUUUAUACAUGCAUACAUACACACAGUACAUGCCGUCCUUGUAAUAAAAGACCGUCUUGUGUAUUGCUCUAUCACAGUGUUCCUUUUUUGUAUGAAUUUGGAUGGUUGAAGAUUUGUAAAUGUACCAAUUUGCGGUGUUUAUAUGUGGAAAAAGUUGAAAAUGUUUUUAUGAGAUGGUAUGUAAUAAACUAUUGAUACAAUUGGGAAUAUUAACUUUUUUCUUGUAUGUGUAGGAUGCUGUUUUAGGUUCACACUUACACUUUGUUUGGUUUUUUUUGCUUUUUUUUUUUUUAUUUAAAACUAUGCAAACGAUUCACUUCUUGUUGAUGAUCCCCUGGGGAGUGCAGUUGAGCACAACAAAUAUGACUGAAGCCAUGAGUUCAUACUUUUAAGUGUUCAUUUCCUUAACUUGUUUUCCUGCAAUUGAAAGAACAAUGCCAGUUUUACAUGGGUGGCAAGAAAAAAGAAAGUCUUAGUGGCUAUUUUAUUGUGCAUCAUUGGAAAAAAAGACAACAUAUGCAUUCCUAAAAUGAUUUUUUUUUAAUGCUAACAGAAAAGUAUCACUCUGCAGAGCUACGUAGUUUUUAUGUUAUUUUUUAAAUACAAUAUUAGGGAUAUUUCAGUGCAAGAUUAAAAAUGCACAAAAUAUGUAUUGAAAUACAAACAUAACACUUUAAACUAAUUUAAGUUUAAAGUGUUUAUGUGGGUCUUGAAAUACAAUGGGUUUUGACAUCCCUUGCCCAAGUAUGUGUUUUAAAGGUAGAGUGUGUAAAAUCUCACCACUAGAUGUCAGUAGACUGCAGUUUGAAGUCAACUGAAUUCUGUUAUCUUUCCACUACCAAUUCACAUACAUAAUCCAAGCUGUGGUGGUCACUGUAGGACAAAAGUGUUUUAGUCAGCCGAGAGAGAUCAGACAACGUUAAAUCCAGACGGUACCCCAGAACAGCCAUGGGUGGCUGGUGUGUUUCUACUGUUUGUGUAAAAAAAAAUAAAAUUCUGUACACACUAUAUUUUAACAUAUUUGAACGACAUCAACAUUUAGUAAAAAAGAUAAUAAA